AUGCUAAUGCAGCGAUGUUUUAGUCGGUCGUUUUCAACUAUACUUCCAAGAGCACCAUUAUCUAAACAAAUAUUGAAAUCUGAACCUACAGCGGAAUUGCUCGAGAGAUUAUGCUUCUUUAAGAAGACUCAAAGUGGUAUCUUCCAUAUGUUACCAGCUGGGAUGAAAACGAUUGACAAAUUUACUUCAAUUAUUCAUAAUAAACUACAAAAAAAUAAUGAUGCUUCUUUGGUUUCAUUGAGUUCCUUAUCUCCCAAAUCUUUAUGGGAUGCCACUGAUCGUUGGAAUAACUCAGAGUUAUUUAAACUAAAAGAUAGUAAAAAAAAUGAAUAUUGUCUUGUUGCAACUUGUGAAGAAGAUAUUACUGAAUUAAUGAAAAAUUAUAUUACAAGUUAUAAAGAUAUGCCAGCAUUAGUAUAUCAAGUUGGUAAAAAAUACAGAGAUGAACUAAGACCUCGUUCAGGUUUAUUAAGAGCUAGAGAAUUUAUUAUGAUGGAUGCAUAUUCUUUUGCUAGUGAUGAAAAGGAUGCCACUAAGAUGUUUGAAGAUGUUAAUAAAACAUUUCUUGAAAUUUUUCAAGAAUUGAAAAUUCCAGUUGUGAGAGCCUCUGCAGAUAGUGGUGAUAUUGGUGGCGAUCAAAGUAUUGAAUAUCAUUUACCAUUAGUUGGCGGAGAGAGUACCAUUUUAUCUUGUAAUCAUAAUGGUUGUAAUCAUGUGGCAACAGAUGAAAAAGCUUUAUCGUACCCUGUUGAAGAAGGUCAAUAUACUGGAGAUGUGUCUGUUAAGUAUGGAUUAAGUGAAGACCAUACUACAUUAAUAUGCUAUUAUUUUCCCAAGGAAAGACAAAUCAAUUGGAAUUUAGCCAAAUUAUCUGUAGAUGAUGAUAUUGAUUGUUCAUUACGUGAUUCUUCAAAUCAAGAAAUUAUUGACUUAUUUCAAAAUGAAAAUGAAGAUAUGAUGUUUACAAAAGUUUUAAGAGUAAUGGAUAGUAGAAUUAAUUCACGUUCAAAUUUCCCAGAUUUCCCUUUGAAAAAUUAUUUAAAGAAUAAUUUUGGCCAAAUUGAUGGUGUCUCUAUAGUGACAGCCAUUGGCGGAGAAAUAUGCGGUCAAUGUAACGAAGGCAAUUUGGAAAGUACCAAAAGCAUUGAAGUAGCUCAUACAUUUAAUUUGGGAACUAAAUAUUCAAACCCAUUAGCUUUGAAAUUUAUGGAUCAAGAUAAUAAUUCAGAUCGUCUUGUAAAGAUGGGCUGUUAUGGUAUUGGUGUCACAAGAGUCAUUGCCUCCAUAGCAGAAUUAACAAGAGAUGCUCAUGGAUUAAGGUGGCCUGUAUCAAUUGCUCCUUGGGGUAUAUCUAUUGUCUCUAUGCCACAAGGUAAGAACUCCGAAACAGAUAAAAAUUAUAGUAAAGUUGUAUCAUUAUUUAAAGGUACGGAUUCAAAAUUGAAUAUUGAUGUCAUGACCAAUAUUAAUAAAACAGCAAGCUUGGGUACUAAUAUAUCGUUAUCCCAUUCAAUGGGGAUCCCCUUAACGAUAAUUGUAGGAAAUAAAUCAUGGCCAAAUGUCGAAAUUGAAGUAAGAGGUGAAAGAUGGGGUAAUGUUGAUAACUGUAAAUGGGAAGAAAUGUACCCUCAGUUAAAGGAAGCAUAUCAAUGGGAAGUGAAAAAGGCAUCACCCACUGAUCCGUACCAAGAGAAGCAUAUCGUUUCACAUGAACAUGUGACCCAUGUCGUCAACCUAUUACUGCAAGACCUUUAA